AUGGCUCUCCUCACCCUGGCUGCUGCUAUUGGCGUUGUCGCUCUGGUUGCAUUAAUUAAAGCUGUCUUUUUCCCUGCGAAACAAAAGAUACCCAAGGGCUUGAAGCCCCUUCCCGGUCCCAAAGGCUACCCCGUCCUCGGCUCCGUCCCCGACGUCCCCGAGCAGAACAGUUAUAUCAAGUUUUACGAGUGGUCAAAGGAGUACGGCCCGAUUUACAACGUGAAUCUGGCUGGCAGCAAUCAUGUCUGGAUUUCCACCGACGAGAUUGCCCGCGACCUUCUCUCAAAGAAGGCCGCCAUCUACUCCGAUCGCCCUCACAUUCCCGCGCUUCUCCAUGACAACCGCACAAGCGCCGAAUACCUUCCGCUGAUGAGCAAGAACCCGCACUGGUCUCGUCAGCGCAAGGUUGCGACAUAUAUCAUGCGUGAAGCAAAGCAGAACACCUUCUACCACUACCCCGAGCUUGAGUCGAUCCGCCUGCUGAAGGAGCUCAUCGACGAGCCGCACAAGUACAACCACGCCCUCGAGUCUUUCAUCUCACGCGUUACGUGUAGACUGGCAUGGGGCCACGCUGAGGCCAGCGAUGAGCUUAAGCAGCGUGCUCGCGAACUGCUGAUCUCCGUCUCUCCCACCGGCCACCUCGCCAACAAGCUUCCCUUCCUCAUGAGCUUGCCCGACUGGAUCUCCCCUGUCAAGGCAUGGGAGCGCAAGAGACAGCGGACCGAGCGCAGGUGGUUUGAAAUCAUGCAGAACCAGGUCAAGAAAGACGUCGCCGAGAAGCGCGCCGCCCCCAGCUGGAUGAAGAUCCUCCUCGGAACCUGGAACAAGUGGGAUUUCUCUUACGAACUCGAGGGUGCUUUCUGCGUAGGUAUGCACGGCAUCGCCGGUGCCCUCACCAUCGCCGCUCCCAUGCAGACCUUCUGCCUCGCCAUGUGCCACUACCCGCAGUAUCUGCCCAUCCUACACGAAGAACUGGACCGCGUGUGUGGCGACCGUCUGCCGCGUGCCGAGGACCGUCCCAACCUGCCUGUUCUGCGCGCCUUCAUCCGCGAGGUCAUGCGCUGGCGCCCCCCGGUCCCCACUGGCAUCCCGCACUUCCUGAUUCAGGACGACGAGUACAAGGGCUACCACAUCCCCGCCGGCAGCGUCAUGCACCCUCUCGAGUGGGGCAUCGCCCGCGACCCCGAGCUCUUCCCGGACCCGGACACCUUCAACCCCAUGCGCUGGCUGGACCCCGAGUCGCCCGUCUACCGCGAGCCGCUGACGGAGCACCCAAGCAUCAUCAACAUCACCCAGUUCGGCUACGGCCGCCGCCUCUGCCAGGGCCAGCAGGUCGCCGACGAGGAUCUUCUCAUUGGCCUCGGCGCGCUGGCCUGGCUCUUCGACAUCAAGAAGAACGGCGCCACCAACGAACCCACCCCCUCGUCCCCCAUCGGCAGCGCGUACCUCAACGAAAAGGCCAGCAUCUCGUCCGAGGAGCUCAGCACCGGCAUCGAGCGCGACCGCAACGACAGCGUCAUCGGCUCGCCUUCCGGCGGCGCCCUGCCCGUCAAGCCCGGCGACGCCUCCAUCGUCAACACCUCGACCGAGUACGCCGCUGCGGCGGCCGCCCCCGAAACCCACCCCAUCCUCACCAGCCCGACCGACACCAAGGCGCCCGGCGCGUGGCCCAUCCGCACCGCCGACGCCGAGGCGCACGAGCAGUGGGAGCAGGAGCAGAAGACGGCGGCCGCGGCCGCGGCUGCUGUCGAGGCUGGUAAGAAGGCGGCGAAGAAGGUUGAUCCGACGCUCGACUACACGCAUUUGCUCAUCGCGAAACCCGUGCCGUUCGAGUUCAGCCUGACGGUGCGCGAGGGCAUGGACAGGCGGAAACAGCUCGUUGAGGAGCUGUUUCAGCAGAAGCGCGCCGAGGGCGAGUUCCCUGACGGCAAGGAUUAUUGGAAGACUGAGGAUAAGGAGUAUGGCUGGGUGGGCGUGGCGAAUAGUAAUGGGUUGAAAUGA